UAUCUGGAUCAUAGUUUCUGACCUGUCUGAUAGCUGUAAUACGCAAAAUUGAUGCGGGUUGUGAAGUAUACUGCUCACCUUGACAGGGCUCGCGUACAAAGUUUACAAAUCUUUGCAGAAUAGACAAACUACUUGGAGACCAUGGUCUUCAAUUGCGGUUCAGGGACCGACAAGUACCGGGAAUAUGACUCUAUGGACGCACGGAGAGUAGCAGGAUGCGCUAAACUGCACUUGUCACUAGUGCUUCUCAUUCUGGUGUUCGGACAAAGUGCGACGGCAUUUGUAUGCCCCGACUACAUUUAUGUCUUCGGCGAUUCUCUUACUGACGUUGGAAAUGCUCACGCAGAGUUACCCAUCUUCAACACUGUAACCAAUUAUAACUAUGGCAUGUCUUACAGCUUUCCCGACCGCCCUUGCGAGAGAACCCGAUUCUCUGAUGGCAGGCUCCUGAUUGAUUACACAGCUCAAGCAUUCGGAGUGCCUUUUCUGCAACCAUAUUCUCGACACCUUCAUAGCUCAGCUUACAAACAUGGCGUCAACUUUGCCUAUUCUGGCGGAACAGCAAAGUUUACGCCAAUUCCUUUUCCAACUUUCUUCUUAGAACGUGAAGUCGAGAACUACUUCAAAUUCAGAGCCAGUUAUUCAGGGCCGUUCGUCAAUGUGAGUACUGCGCUGCACAUGAUACCGGAGAUAGGAGCCAACGACUACAUUUAUGCAUUCACCUUGGGCCUUUCACCUGCUGAAGCUAAUGCGAAGCUCGACGGUUUGAUUCUCCGUGCUAUAGAGAGGACUGUGGAGAAGCUUCACGCUGGAGGGGCCAGAUUCUUUUACAUUUUCAACCUGCCACCAGUUGGAUGCACCCCUUUCAUGCUUACGCUUUUCAGCCACAGGAGUCCUAAAGAUCAGUUUGGCUGCUUGUCCGCUCACAACUCCGUCAUCGAAAUCGCCAACGGGAAGCUGAAGGCCGCGGUUGACGAGUACCGACGAAAGUGGCCAGACACCAUCUUUCUCCACUACGACUCAUAUGGCGCUGCUUUGGAAGUCAUUCAGACCGGUCCGGCAAAGUAUGGGAUCGACGCAGAUGGGUUUCGAGCGUGCUGUGGCGGCGGGGGGCCCUACAACUUCAACCCUUUUGUGCUCUGCGGCUCAGGAAAAAUAGCCAACGUGUGUCCAGAUCCCGAGCACAAGCUCUUUUGGGAUUUUAUCCAUCCCACUGAAGCUUUCUUCCGCGUCAUGGCCACCUUUGCUCUCUCGGGGCAGUACGUUGACGGACCUCCUGAGGUUGCCAAUCUGAAAGCUGCGUGCAACUUAGACUUCAGCUCCUUUGCUCAGAGCAUUCCCAAUUCACCCAGUUGUCCUCGUGACACAGCAGUCACAUGAGCUUGAGAAUCCAGACCAUCUUGAAACGUUGGCAAGCAAUCAGUACCCGAUUCAUGGAUCCUAGGGCUCAUGAACGACCGUCUCCUGCAAACAAGCAACCUUUGUCCAUGCCUGCAUGAACUUCAGCUCCACAUCAUGCACUCCUAGAGGAGGAACUUCACGUGUUCCCCAGAGCUGAAAUGCUGUUGCAAUCGUCUGUUCUAGACCUCCUACAUCUUCAUAUUAUAAAGACUAGCCUAGCGUUUACUCAAGCAAAAGUGCAAUGAUAAUAGCCAAAGAAAUCCAAGCUGCGCUACAACAGAUGUGUUGAAUUACAGUCAAUGGAAGCAGUAAUCUUUGAACGGCGACUGAUCGCCGCAGCACAAGCUAA